GCGGGUCAGAAUACGUCCAACCGUGCUUAGUGGUGCACCGCUCGUCCGACCUGAAAGAUGGCCAGUGCCCAAACCAGCCCGAUCGGGCUGAGUAAAUUAUCGGAGUACCUGGACGUACCGGAGCCAGCCCUUCGACUUAUCUGCUCGUUGCUAUUAGGAUUUCCUCUUGCAUUAGUACACCGAUAUACCCUGUAUGGAAAAAACGCAAAGUAUCAGCAUAUUUAUUUCAUAGCGUGUGGCCUUGCCAUCGGGUUCUGGAAUUACGAAUGGAACGUCGUACACUCGGCCGCUGCGCUAUGUGUGACAUACUUGACGCUCAAGAUAUUUGGCAGUACCGUUAUUUCCGUGACGAUAACUUUUAUAUUCAACAUGGCGUAUUUGUUGAUCGGAUACUACAUGACCAGUACAAAUGAUUAUGACAUUAAGUGGACAAUGCCGCAGUGCGUUCUUACUCUGAGGCUCAUUGGUCUAGCCUUUGACUUGAUGGACGGUCAAAAACCGGAAGAUAAACAGUCUGCGAUGCAGAAGCUCACAGCACUCAAGGUGCAGCCGUCCUUCUUAGAAAUGGCGGCCUACACGUAUUUUCCGGGUUCCUUCCUCGUGGGGCCUCAAUUCAGCAUGAGACGGUACUUAGAUUACGUUCACGGGGUCCUUCUGAAGAGCGAAUCGGAAUCGGCAAAGUUGCCGAAUUGCGUGGCUGUUGGCUUUGGACGGGCUGCUAUCGGCUUGAUCUACUUGGCCAUCUUUCAAAUCGGAACGCGAUACAUUUCCGAUCAGUAUUUACUCAGCUCAGAAUUCUUGAAGCAAAAUUUCUUUAUGCGAUGCAUUCUUCUUGGUUUCUGGGGUCGAUUCAAUCUUUACAAGUACAUCAGCUGCUGGCUUAUUACCGAGGGGGUAUGCAUAGUGUUUGGACUCACGUACAACGGGAAGAACGACAAAGGUCGUGUAAAAUGGAAUGGUUGCGCAAAUGUGAAGCUACGGGUCUUUGAAAAUGCCACCACAUUUGGACAUUAUAUUCUUUCGUUUAACAUAAACACAAAUAAUUGGUGCGCCGAAUACAUAUACAAGAGACUGAGAUUUCUUGGUUCCAAAUUAUACAGUCAGGUAGUAACUUUAUUGUUUCUGGCUAUCUGGCACGGAUUCCAUUCGGGCUAUUACUUUUGUUUCUUUAUGGAAUUCAUUAUCAUGUAUCUAGAGAAGGACAUCACGCCGUACCUGGAGAAGAACCAGAAGAUACAAAAAUUCAUGGAGUACUUGCCCGCACGAAUAUUGAUUUGGCUUCAUCUCAAAUUGUACACCCUAGUCUUUAUGGGAUAUUCCCUGAUACCUUUUGUGUUCCUCUCCGUAGAGAAGUACACUCGAUCCUAUGCGAGCGUCUAUUACGUCGGUCACAUAAUCUUCCUGACAUAUCCGCUUGUCGCACCGUAUAUCAAAAGAUUAUUAAGAGAACCUAGACCGCACACGGAAUAGUGAAACCUCAAGUGUAUAGAUCCUGUAGGGUCUCUUCUAGUUUAGUCUAAAAUUAUGAAAACGAGUCCUCAAAACUUUUGAUGGUGUCUGUCUAUUUUUUAAGAAAUCGUUCUAUUGACGGAUGAAGAUGAAGCGAGGUUAUCCAAUGUAUACAUAGAUACAUAAUUGAUCAUCGGUACAUCUGAAAUUGGAGUCUGAAGAACUUUUCUAUGUCUGCGAGUGGACUCUAAGGUUUCUAGUAAAGUGAUAUGAGUAAUGAGCGGUCGUACAAAUAUUUGUGAUCAAUAGGAGUCAUGAUGAAUGGAGUGUAUCGGAAGCUGAAAGUCUUCCGAUCGGUCGCCCAUAUUUUAUAAUUUUGUAAAAGGAUCGAAAUCCGUGCGACAGUGGCUUAAUAACUAAAUCCGCGUGCCCGUAGGUAACUUUCGGAAUAAAGUUGACGAGUCGUCAUCGCUACUUUUGCGUGGCUGACCCCAAUCAGCCUCCAGGCUCCAUUGGAGCACUCAGUCGAUUAUACUUAUUGGGUUGUGCUAUAUUUGUAAAUAUAUUACAUGACACGCGUAUUUAUGUAGGCUAUAUUCGUUGGCUAUUGACGAGUGUGUCAGCCGUGCGUAAUAUUUUCUUUCUCAGUUGCUCGUUGACUCAGACUUUUCUGACUUUGCCAAAGAACGCGCGGGCUUUGAGGAAUUGCGGAAAAAUGCCAUCUGUCGGUAUAUUUGCUAUAACGUACAUCCUCCUAAUAGGCCCUUAUGUCCGGAUGUGGAUGCCCGUGUCUUUCUCGCCCCCUUCACUUCCGGCAUCUCUUCCUUCUUGCCUUUCUCUUCUUUUCUCCACCUUUCGCUAUUCACAAUCUACGGCAUCGCGCAAAACUUUCGUUUCCGCGAGACCAGCGUCGUCUUGCCACAAAUUAGAAAUUAAGUCGAGGACGCCUAUGUUCUCGUGGUUGCGCCUAGUCCCUAAGUAUAUCAAGUAUAUGUUUUGUUCGGUAAAUAUAUUUUUUUCAACUA